CAUUUCCUGUUUUGCUCCAUUUAGUUUUUGCGAAUUAGGCUCAGUACAAGGAACACGUUGUUUGAAAAUUUUAUUGUUAUUUUCGAUUUGCUAAAAUGCCUCAGAUGAGUGUUUCCGAAGUAUUAUCAUAUGAUGAGGUAGAGAAGACCGAAGUUGAUCAUAAAUCUGGAACUGAAUCAGAAAGCGAUGAUUCUUCUCCCGAAGCCGAUGAAGGAGAUGGUGCAGCUCAGGCAAGCGCUACUAGCCAGAUGGCUCAAAUGGCUGGUUUAAACGAAGAAUUAGUAAGUAAAGCCAAACAAAGUCGAGGGGAGAAGAAAGCACGUAAAUUAAUGUCCAAGCUUGGCCUGAAACAAGUGCAAGGUGUAUGCAGGGUAACUAUCCGCAAAUCUAAGAAUAUCUUAUUUGUGAUUACUAAGCCUGAUGUAUAUAAAAGUCCUGCUGGUGAUACUUACAUCGUUUUUGGUGAAGCAAAGAUUGAAGAUUUGAGCCAGCAAGCCCAGAUGGCUGCAGCUGAGAAGUUCAAGACUCCUGAAACUGCUGGUCUUGGAAGCGAUGGACCAUCUCAAACAAUUGCAUCUCAGCCCAUUGAAGAAGAAUCUGAGGAAGAAGGAGAAAUCGACGAUACUGGAGUGGAAAGUAAAGAUAUUGAGCUUGUCAUGUCACAAGCAAAUGUUUCUCGCAGUAAAGCUAUUAAAGCUCUUCGCAAUAAUAGCAAUGAUAUUGUGAAUGCUAUCAUGGAAUUGACUAUGUAAUUUCAUUUGAAUACUUUCUUAUACGUGCAACUCAGUAAUAUUAUGUUCUUAAAGCAUAACUUAAAUUCUUGAUAUGGAUAUGUUCAUACUGUUCAAUAUCAAUGUGUUGAACAAAGUAAUUGUAUAAUUCCUUUUUUUUCCCCUAAAAAAUAAAAAUAUUAUGACAUUCUUAAUAGUUAUGCUGCAUGUCAUAAAUA